AUCAGCUGUGUCCAAUCACAGCUGAUUGCAUGUAAAUGAGGAAAUGCCAGUUAUCGCCAUUUCUCUCCUUACGAGUUGUCACGCUGAGAGCUCGUGAGGAGAGCCGUAUAGCCCCAGCUGUGCCACCUGUCAGUGCCCAUCAAUGCCACCUGGCAGUGCUCAUCAGUGCACAUCAAUGCCACAUAGUGCCUACCAGUGCACAUCAAUGCCACAUAUCAGUGCCCAUCUGAGCUGCCUUUCAGUGCCACCUAUUAGUGCCAGUCAGUGCCACCU